UGAAAAAAGAAAAUACACACACAAUCAGAAUCAAAAAUAAAUAAAGCACCUUAUUUUUAGCUCACUCUUCAGGGUACUCGUGCCUCGAUAACGCCGACGCUCUCCACAACUGUUGGAUAAAUUAAGAGUAAUAUAGCAAAGUAAAAGGGAGCCUUUAAAAUGCCCAUUAUACGCUUGGAAUCUUCAGAUAAGGAAAUUUUCGAUACAGACAUUGAGAUUGCCAAAUGUUCGGAGACCAUAAAGACGGCACUAGAAGACUUGGGUGAUGAAAGUGACAAUAGUGUGUUGCCGAUACCCAAUGUUACUUCUGUGAUUUUGAGAAAGGUGCUGCAUUGGGCCACAUAUCACAAGGAUGAUCCACAGCAAACAUUGGAGGAUGAGAAUAAGGAAAAACGCACCGAUGACAUUUCUUCCUGGGAUGCGGACUUUCUAAAAGUUGACCAGGGCACACUGUUUGAGCUAAUUCUGGCGGCGAAUUAUUUGAAUAUACAGGGACUGCUGGAUGUGACUUGCAAAACGUGUGCGAAUAUGAUAAAGGGCAAAUCGUUACAGGAUAUACGUGAGACUUUUGCCAUAGCAAACGAUUUCUCACCCGCCGAGGAGGAGCAGGUGCGGAAGGAGAACGAAUGGUGCGAAGAGAAGUAGUGGACGAGUAUUUGAAACUCUUAAACAUCAAAAUUUUGUUGUUGUUGCUGUCCAUUAAAUUUUAUAGUUUAAAAAAUGUACAUUUAAAGUCUACAUCAAUUGUCAAAUAUUGGCACUUAGUUUGCUAGUUAAAUAUUGUAAAGACUAUAAAAGCCUUGGCAGCCUGAAAUAAUGUCACUCAAUUACUUUUGUAUUUGCUUAUUAUUUACAAAAAAUUAGUAAACAUGGCUAAUAAAGUAAGACAUUUCGUGGUUA